CUAGCAGGGUGCUGCGAGAGGCCCCGAGAGAGACUUGGUGGUUGCUAAGGGGGGAGGUCACAGAGCGCGGCUCAGGGAUUGGGUAGCGUCGAGGGAGGUGGGUGGUGAUUGGGCGGUGCCCAGGAGGCCCCCGGGUGAGGUGCGGGAACGUGAGCGAGAGUUCCGGCCGGAGGCCCGAGCUGAGGGCCGGCGCCUUCAUCAUGGCCUCGGCCCAGCUGGACUACACCAUCGAGAUCCCGGAUCAGCCCUGCCGGAGCCAGGAGAACAGCCCCAACCAAGGCGGGAAGGAGGCGGGGACUCGACAGCCUUUGGUGAUUCUCUUAGGCUGGGGUGGCUGCACGGACAAGAACCUGGCCAAAUACAGCGCCAUCUACCACAAAAGGCCCCACAGUGGACAGCCCAUCCCAGAUGUGCUCCCAGCUGCGGAGUCAGCCCAGACCUCAAGUCUCUGUUGGCUAGUGCUGCCUUUCUGGGCAGCAGGAACCUGGGCCGGGUGUGCUGGGCAUAGUCUGGACUCCUGGGGCUUUCUCCUUUUCUGACCAGGGCUGCAUCGUGAUCCGAUACACAGCCCCCUGGCACAUGGUCUUCUUCUCCGAGUCCCUGGGCAUCCCUUCACUUCGUGUCUUGGCCCAGAAGCUGCUUGAGCUGCUCUUUGAUUACGAGGUUGAGAAGGAGCCCCUGCUCUUCCAUGUCUUCAGCAACGCCGGCGUCAUGCUGUACCGAUACGUGCUGGAGCUCCUGCAGACCCACCGGCGCUUCUGCCACCUGCGUGUGGUGGGCACCAUCUUUGACAGCGGUCCUGGCGACGGCAACCUGCUGGGGGCUCUGAGGGCGCUGGCAGCCGUCCUGGAGCACCGGCCUGCCGCGCUGCGCCUGCUGCUCCUGAUGGCCUUUGCCCUGGUGGCAGUCCUGUUCCACGUCCUGCUGGCGCCGCUCACUUCCCUCUUCCACACCCACUUCUAUGACAGGCUGCUCGACGCAGCCUCUCGCUGGCCCGAGCUCUACCUCUACUCCAGGGCCGACGAGGUGGUCCUGGCCAGGGACGUGGAGCGCAUGGUGGAGGCACGCCUGGCGCACCGGGUCCUGGUGCACUCUGUGGACUUUGUGUCAUCUGCACACGUCAGCCACCUCCGCGACUACCCUACUUACUACACGAGCCUCUGUGUCAACUUCAUGCGCAGCUGCGUCCAGUGCUGAGGUCCUUGCCCUACCCACCUCACCUCUGCUCCAGAAAUAAAUGCCUGACACCUCCCCAUAACCUACAUCCAUGGGUGGGGUCCUCUUCUGGUUCAACUCCCUGCAGCCCUCUGGGACUUUAUGGUCCUCCAGGUAGAGAAUUUCCAUGGGCCUCUGUCCUGGGGACUGUGGUGGUCUGCUUAUCCCAGGAUUCUAGGGGCAGGAGUGCCUGCGCAGGUCUCUGCGGAAGCCUAGCAGUGGUUGUGUUUGGAUAAGUGCAACAGUCAGGCUGUUGACCCCUGUGGCAUUUAGGCUGUGAAGGGUUAAUAAAGCUGGGGGUGGGGGGUAGGGGUGAGGAUGAGCCCCAGCGUUGAUCUCCGAUUCCUUGAAUAGGUGCCAGAGGGUAGGGGCAGGCUGGGGCAGGGGCUGUGAUCUGUGCUCCCAGGUCCCGGAAGGGCAGAGCCCCACAGCAUGGAGUACCGUCCCUGUGGAUCCCACUUGGCAGUUCACUCAGGCUUCUCAUUGCCAGGGAGUCUGAUGUGGAAGCCAAAUGGGGAGCUGAGGAUACACAGGUGGGGGGCCUGUCCAGGUGUACCACACUUUGCCAGGAAGCCGCUAGAUCCAGGAAAGUUGCAAGAUGUGUGUGUAAUGGGCAGAUGGAGUGGGGAGCAGGAAGACAGCAGCGCCAGAUGGGAGCUGGGACAAGCUGAGUCAGGAGCCCUAAAGACCAGAACCAGAACCACUGGUCUGAAAAAAACUCCUUCAUCUCCUCGAGGGAGACCCACUUGGAUCCUCUGUAGGCAGAAGCAGUGCCUUCAGCCUUAGAGUCCUGUAUCAUCUAUCAUUCUACAAGUCACUGCUGCACAAUGCUGGCACAUAGCAGGCAUUCAAUAAAUAUUUGUUGAUUUAA